UUUUAUUUCUUCAUCAAAAUUCUUCUUCAACACAUUUUUGGCUUGUCUUUUUAAUCUUGGAAAAAGAUCCGUACACAAUUCAAUAAACCGAAUAUUACAGAAAUAGAAGUUGCUGUUUUUAACGAGAGUAUUUUUUAAAUAUAUUUGAUUGAAAGCUGAUUCUCCUUACGGCGUUGAACAUUUAAUAUCAUCGUACUAAAAUCAUUUAAGCAGUGUAAGCAAGUGAGCAAAUAUUCGAGAUUUUCCUAAACGGAAAGAAAGAAAAAACCAGCAACUGAUUGGAGGGUAAUAUGAGUAAUGCUAUUAACCAAAAUGGCACAGGUCUAGAGCAGCAGGUUGCUGGUCUGGACUUGAAUGGCGGCAAAGCUAAUAAUAGCAGCCCCAUAACAACGAAGAGUUCAUCCAAUUCCGGCGUUUAUAUUCCUCCUCAUCUUCGCGGAGGUGGCAACAGCGCACCUAACGCUAAUAGUGAUAAUCGCGAGGAAGGAGCUCCAUCGACAAAGUACGAAGGCAGAGAACAGCGCGGCGGCGGUGGUGGAGAGUAUCGUAGAGGUGGUGGUGGUCGUGGUUAUAACAAUUCCGGUGGUGGCUACGGCGGACGUCGUGGUGGUAACAGAUACGAGGAUAACAAUAGCGGAGUUGACGGAGACGGAGAGUCACGACGCGGUGGUGACGAUUGGAAUCGCGGAGGACGCGGCCAACAGAAUACCCGAACAUUUGAUCGACGUGAAAACGGUGGCUAUCGUGGGGGACGCAGCCAAGGCGGCGGCGGCGGCGGUGGUGGCAACAGCAAUCGAAAUAGUGAAGUUUUCGACGAUCAAACACAGCCACAACAACCACGCAACGAUCGUUGGCAAGAACCAGAACGUCGUCCCGAAGACGCCGGCCAGCAGCGCAAUGAUCGCGGAGGCAGCGGUGGAGGAGAACGCAGCUAUGGCGGGCGCUGGAAAGAAGACCGGCGCGGCGACAUUGACUACACUAAAUUGGGACCACGUGACGAACGCGUGGAGCAGGAGCUUUUCGGUGUCGGUAAUACCGGUAUUAACUUUGACAAAUACGAGGAUAUACCCGUGGAAGCGACGGGCCAGAAUGUACCGGCUAACAUCACAUCGUUUGAUGACGUGCAGCUGACCGAGAUCAUACGCAAUAAUGUGAUGCUGGCUAGAUAUGAUAAACCGACACCGGUGCAGAAAUACGCGAUCCCAAUCAUUAUAAAUGGGCGCGAUUUAAUGGCCUGCGCACAAACCGGAUCGGGCAAGACAGCAGCUUUUCUGCUGCCCAUUCUUAAUCAGAUGUAUGAGCAUGGCAUAACCCAGCCACCGCAAAAUAAUCGCCAGUACAGUCGCCGUAAGCAAUAUCCGCUCGGUUUAGUGCUGGCACCGACGCGCGAGCUCGCCACACAGAUAUUCGAGGAGGCCAAGAAAUUCGCAUAUCGCUCACGCAUGCGUCCCGCCGUUCUUUAUGGUGGCAAUAAUACGAGUGAGCAAAUGCGCGAAUUGGAUCGCGGCUGCCAUCUGAUUGUGGCAACACCGGGUCGUCUGGAAGAUAUGAUUACACGCGGUAAAGUGGGUUUGGACAAUAUACGAUUUUUGGUAUUGGAUGAAGCCGAUCGUAUGUUGGACAUGGGUUUCGAACCUCAAAUACGUCGCAUUGUCGAGCAAUCGAACAUGCCACCAACCGGUCAGAGACAAACUUUGAUGUUCUCGGCCACCUUCCCGAAACAAAUUCAAGAAUUAGCUUCAGAUUUUCUAAGUAACUAUAUAUUUUUGGCUGUUGGACGUGUUGGUUCCACUUCAGAAAAUAUUACCCAAACUAUUUUAUGGGUAUAUGAACAAGACAAGCGUUCUUAUUUGCUUGAUCUCUUGUCGUCGAUACGCGAAGGUGUCGAAUAUUCGAAAGAUAGCCUCACGCUGAUUUUCGUAGAGACCAAGAAAGGUGCCGAUGCACUGGAGGAAUUCUUGUACCAAUGCAAUCAUCCGGUGACAAGCAUUCAUGGAGACCGCACACAAAAGGAACGUGAGGAGGCUUUGCGCUGCUUCCGUUCCGGUGAUUGUCCCAUUUUAGUUGCCACCGCGGUGGCAGCCCGUGGUUUGGACAUCCCUCAUGUAAAGCACGUCAUUAACUUUGACUUGCCUUCUGAUGUCGAGGAAUACGUACAUCGUAUUGGUCGUACAGGUCGUAUGGGUAACCUUGGUGUAGCUACAUCAUUUUUCAAUGAAAAGAAUCGCAAUAUUUGUGGAGAUUUGCUGGAGCUCCUCAUCGAAACCAAACAGGAAAUUCCCGGAUUCCUUGAAGAUAUGUCCUCAUCAGACCGCUCUCACGGUGGCAAUAGACGACGUGGCGGCGGCGGCGGUGGUGGACGCUAUGGUGGUGGAUUCGGCUCUCGCGAUUACCGUCAAACGUCGGGCGGAGGUGGUGGCCCACGCAGCGGUGGUGGUGGUGGCCCACGAAGUGGUGGAGGCGGUGGCGGAUCGUAUCGCAGCAAUGGUGGCAGCUCUGGCGGUGGCUACUAUGGCAGUAGUGGAGGAGGUGGCGGCGGUGGCGGUGGCUCCUAUGGAGGUAGCUAUUCAUCAUCGCAUGCCAACUCAAACUCCGGUGGUCCCGAUUGGUGGGGAAGUUAAAUAAAACGAACUGAUUGCGAAUAUCCGCUGAAAGCGAAAACAAACAAAAAUAAUAUAUGAUUUUAUGAAAACAAAAAAGAAAAGAAAUUAUAAAAUUAGCAACAUCAGAAAUCGAGAAUUGAGAGAGUGCAGAGCAAAAGCUAUUAACAAUAAUGCGUACGUACAGAAAAUAAAAAUAAACGAAAGAUACAAACAAUACAAAGGAAAGCAGAAUCAGAAAAUCAAAAAAAAGGAACUUUCUGAAUAUAUUUAAAUAAAAUAUAUUACUAUUAUUUAUGUAUAGAUUAUUAAUUUUAUAAAACAGCAAACAUUCAAACAUAGCAUAAACACAUUUACAUACGAAUAAGAAAAUGACAUCCCUCUCCACACCAACAAAAAAAUGUGCACAUUUGUCCAAAAGGAAUUUUUACAGAUACACACACACGAAUCCAAUAAUAAUACAAGUGUAUCCAAAUACGAUUUUUCAUAAUCACGCCCAAAAACUAUCGCUUAUGGACAUAUAACUGUGAAACAAAAAACACACUAGAAAAAUUUGAAAAAAAUGUCACAUCAUUAUGAAUUAUCUAAACUGCAACAAAUGGAAGAAAUUGUUUUAAAUUUGAAAUAUACAUACAUCCAUACAAAAAAAGUAAUCAUAAGCAUAUGCAAAAUGAUCGAUUUUUAAGAAGAGGAGCACGAAUGACAACACAUGAAUUAGAAUUUUGAAUCGGAUGCGUGAAUGAAUUGAUUGGAGUAGAACAAGUGGAUACACAGUCCGUGGUCAUUAGUUAGGGCCAAAAGCAUUGGUAAUGUAACGAAUAAGGUGUGGUUAAACAAGCGGUUAGUUCGAUAUUUUUUUAGUCGAAUUCGCUCUAGGGGGAAAUACGUAGUACAUAAUACUUUCGAAAGCACUCACUCGAUUGUAAUAAUUAUAAAAAUGCAAAACAAGAAAAGAAACCAUUAAAAAUACAUUUUCAAUUUCAUUUUAUUACUCCAAAAUAAAAUAAAAUAAUGUAAUUGCAUUAAAAAGCACGAAUCUGAUAAAAUGUUAAAAAUGUAAAUCCAUAUUAAAAAAAAAAAAUAUGUAUAACGUGAAAAAAACACGCUUGCAACUACAAAUUAAAAACUAUAUAAAAGGAGAAGACAGCGGAUACGAAAAAAUGUAGAACGAGAAUCAUCAGCAACAGCAAUUUCAAAUAGUAAAUUACCACGAACCUACAAAAUACAAUAAAAAUAUACAUAUAUUAAACAAGUUUGCUAAAUAAAUGUACUUUUUAGCAAAUGAAAA